AUGCAGCUUUGGUCAGCCAUUGCAAUGGCCAUCUUGAUUCGCCUUGGAAUCGAGUUUCUCGUAACAUCAAAGAAAGUACCCACCAGCUCCCAAUUCAAGGACUCUUUCACCACGAACGUUCCAAAAGUGUCUAUCAGACUCUGGCGACUCAUGUUCAGACAUUUGCUGGUGGCAGCGGCUGGCCGAUUCUAUCUUAUCCGCUACCAACACGCCAGCGUCCCAGAGAUAAUGAGCGAAGAGCAGUCUAAUACCAUCUUGAUCGGGAUGCACGGGGACAUGAACCGUGAUUUCUCCAUAAAGAGGCGACUGGUAGAUCAGUGUAUCACCGGGAUUGCCAUGGCUAUUUAUAGUAACAUCAGAGAACAGUGCCGUAAGGGAAGAAUGAAAGAUCUCUUCCGGCUCUGGGUCAGAUGGUGGUGGGAUAUACCUGUACAAGAAGCCGCUUCCCCGGAAAGACAGUGCAAGAAGACAGUGUUGCGCAGUGCCAUACACCAUAAUGUCGCCCGAGAAUGCUUCUACAGCAAUUUCAAGGGAUUAUCCAGGACACCUCCAACCUACUGGGAUAAUUAUUAUGAAGAAGAACUUGCCGCAAUUCGGAAUGAAGGCGCCGAAGACAGAGAUAUCGGGAGGCUAUCGACAUGGUUCGAGGAUGUCAAUGCACCUCAACGAGUAUUGAAUUUCCUGGUUAGCCCGGAGUUUCCCUUUGCACCAUGCCAUUUUCUUGCGGGCACUGUGAAUGAGGCCCCGUGCAUACUAGAUCUAGGCACUGGCAACGGACAGACUUUGUUUCAACUACGUUUACAAGGCGGCUUCAGAGGACAAAUGACAGGCUUAGACUAUUCGAAAGCUUCUAUUCAACUGGCCCAAGAGCUCGGAAAGAAUCAACAAGACUGCCAGGACAUUCGGUUCGAGGUGAUGGACAUUAUCAGCGAUGAGCCCAAAGAGCAAGAGUGGUGGCCCGAGGACGGGUUUGACUUGGUCCUUGACAAAGGCACAUUUGAUGCUAUCUCCCUUUCCGAGGAUGUCGUCGAAUCUUCUACCUCAAAUCUAUCACAAACAUAUCAGGCGUCCGUCCGAAUCCAAACCCUUUAUCCUUCUCGGGCGCUCAGUAUGGUCAAACCAGGAGGGUUUUUGUUGGUUACUAGUUGCAACUGGACGCAGGAGGAGCUGAUCCAUUGGUUUACCGGCGGCGCAACAGGAUCGAGUCAUUCCGCGUCCGUCUGGAAGUGUAUAGAAUAUCCAAAAUUCAAAUUUGGAGGACAAGAGGGCCAGGGAGCGUGCACUGUCUGCUUCAGAAAGGCACUCUCAUCUGAAUAG